CACCUGCCUCGCACCGCAGCGCGCAUCCCAGCACCUUUGUCAGCUCUUCACCUCACAUAGCUCGCCGCCAUGCCGCCCAAGCAGUCCCUCGCACAGGCCAUCGCCGCGUGCCGCGCCGCCGUGCUCGCCUUCCGCAACAGCCUCGACGGCGAGCAGAAGAAGCUCUACACGGCGUGGGCCAUCUCGAGCCUCGAGGCGCCGACGUGCGACCACUGCCAGCACGGCUACCUCUACGUCGACCACGCGCAUCGUGCGAUCCCCGUCUUUCUCGAGUCGCUCAACCAGCAGCAGCUCGAGGCGCGCUGUGCGCUCGAUGACCAGUUCGAGGCGCUGCUGGACCGUCUGUCUGGAAACGGCGAGGCCGACGAGCCCGUGCUGCUGCAGGCCUUCAUGGAGCGCCUUAUCCUCGCCGAGAACGCGACGCCUCGCGGCGGCAACAGCGCGGGCAGCAGCUCGAACGGUGGCGCCGUUGUUCGCUCGACUGAGCGCGCCGGCAACGGAUCACAGGUCGUCAACCCUCGCGGACGUGGCCGCUCCGAGCGCCCUCUCUUCGAGGUGACCUCGACGCUGGUCAACAUCAGCGACAUGCCCAGCUACAUCGCCAGCCUGCCUCCCGGCUCGGGCGCGGCCGCCGCCGCUCGUGCGACCCACGCGCAGAUGGAGACGCGCCGUCAGCCGCAGUCUCUCGGCCCUGCGCAUGGGGCCGAGCAGCGCACGGCCAGCUUCGAUCCUACUCCAGCCGAGAUGCAUGAAGCGGAGAAGGGAAAGAAGGCAGAGGGUAGCGUCAAGCAGGCACAGUGA